GAUGGACAGUCUUUUGCGAUCUAGUUUACCGCGCGGAUCAAUCAGGGAACGCGUCGUUCCGGCAAUUCCGACAAAACAAACGAACGCUAUUCGCGGAGUGUAGUGGUACAAAUAUUGGCGUCAUCUGUGAUUACCUAUCAACACUAGGCAUUCGAAGGAGUAAAAGGAAUUUAUGUGCAUCGUUGAACCCCCGCCCGACACGUAAUGGAUGUAAAGCUGCUUAAAGUGAAGCAAUUCCCUAUCGAUCUCCCCGUACGACGGAAGCCCUCGAAUGCUAAAGCGCUCUGCCUUAUUAGCCUCACGACAACCCUAUCGAUCGCCUGUUUUAUAUUGGGAUUGUUUUGCCAUGUGAACAAACCGACACAGCUGAUCCUAAACGAUCGGCUAACGAUGCGCGACUUUAUGCCUUAUUUCCGGUGGUGGAAAGAUACAUCAGACGUGUUGGUUACUUGUCGUAUUUUUAUCUUUAACGUUACAAACUCUAAAGAAUGGUUAGACGGAAAAGACGAUCAGCUACAUCUUGAGGAGGUUGUUCCCAUCGUGUACCGCGAAAUACUGGUGCAUGAUAAUGUAACGUUCCAUGAGCACAAUUCUACAAUGUCCUACAUCACCAGACGCCAUCUCGAGUUUCUACCGGAAAGGAACGCUCCUGGCAUAUUGAACAAAACGAUCAUUGUACCGAACACGUCUCUCUUGGGUGUUGCCGCUAGGAUGGAAAACGAUUUUUACUUCAUAAAGAAAGGGCUAAACUUUAUCUACUCCAUCUCCGGUGAUUCAGUGUUCUCUAACAUGACGAUCUAUGAUUACUUGUGGAACACGAAGCCUCUGUUUCUACAGCAAGCACGAAGCAUAAUACCCUCGAUGGUACCAGCGGAAAAUGUGGGAAUACUUAGCACGAUGUACGAAGAUCCUGAGGAGCACGUCAAUGUUCGAUACGGAAAGCACUACGGUAACGAGCAGUUUUUCAUGAUGAACACGUACGAGUAUGAGCCGACGGUACCAGGAUUCAGCUUGGCCAGGGGAGACUGUUUUGCUUCGAUCGUUAACUCCUCCGAGGGAGCGACCUAUUCGCAGAAUCUGAACGAACAGUCUGUGCUAAUUUACUGGCGCAAAACGCUAUGCCGUGCGGUCCCACUGUACUUCGAUGGACGUGUGCAGAGAGGACCACUGAUAGGUUACAAGUACAGUCUGCCCGACAGUUCGUACGAUCGUCUGGCCAAUAGUACCGCCGAUUGCUACAAAGGACAAUAUACGUUGCUCGAAGACGGUUGCACUGAUGUCUCGAAGUGUUAUCAUGACGUAUCGCUAGCGGCCACUAGUCCUCAUUUCUACGCCCGAAACUUUACGAACGCACACAAGAUCACAGGGAUGAAACCAAAUCGAGAGCUACACCACAGCUACACUAUCGUCGAUCCUUCCUUUGGCAUACCGCUCGAUCAGAGUGCCCGGACUCAGACGAACUUGGUGAUACCAAAGUUGAGUGGAUACGCAUCGGAGAUACGGCAAUUCAGCGAGAUGAUCAUUCCCAUGUUCUGGAUCGAAUACCAUCAAAAAGAACUGCCGAUAUACAUCGUGCGGACACUGCAAGCCUUCUACGUGAUACGCGACAUUGAACCGUACCUGCCGUACGCGUUAUAUCUUGCCUGCGUACUGCUGCUAGUAGUUGCGUUCCGUGAAGCUGCCCGUUUCAACAUCCAGCAGAGCCGGAUAGUGCCAACGAAAUGCUAACAGUUUACCGAUCUCUAGCGAAUAAACAUAGCAGCAUGAUCCUCGAAGCAUCUCACGUCCUGGGGGUACACCGUUUGCUCCAUCAAACCAUACAUCUCUACUGCAGUUUUGCCGUACAAUAAGCUCUGGUAGAAUCGAGUCAUCAAUAAAAUAAUUAAUCUCACUAUCUCACGCUUA